GGCGGACUCCAUUGUGCGUUCUUUAGUCAGGCAGCUCAGUGUUCCAGACUUCGUGUUACAUGUGACUAAGAAUAACAAUUACGUAGACAUUUUUUCGUUAAAAGUGUAAAAUGUGUUUCGGAAGUGACAACGAACUCACAUAGUCGGUGCCUAGUUAUUCGAGUUAAUUAGGACUAAUUGAAAAAGUUUUUGCAGGCGUAAAUAUGUGGUGAAUAGGUGUUGAAAUUCAACAUCAAACAAUUUUUCGCAUUAGUGUUUAAUCUAUCGAUACAAAUAUCGCAUUGUUUGCUUAACAAAUUCUUUACAAUUUUUAAAUGAUAGCCGGUUCUUUUAAGUUAUUGUUCAUAGUCAUAAAAAAGUCUCACACCUAAAGAUAUAUAAAAUUUAGGAGUGGCAAAAAAUGAUUAGGGCUUUUAAGAUUUGUAUAAGGAGUAUAGUUUUAGCUACAAGCAAUAAAGUGUGAUCAGUGAUCGUUUUAGUAGUAUUGGUGCUGGGCGGUGUCAGUGAUAAUGGACCAUUAAGAAAGCAAUGCUGGUUCUAAUUAAUGAUGUACGCCAAGGUCGUAGUCAAGGAUUCCUGCCGCCUAGUCGGAGGCUCGAAGUUCUACGAGGUGAUGGACGGGUCCACCUCUGCCGAUAUAUCCACUCCAUCACCCACGGAGAAACAGGACCACAUGAAACCGACUGAGAGUGAUGAUGAAGUAUCAGAUGUGGACCAAGAGUGCACGGUGUUCUGCGGCGUCAGUUACCUGGGCGCGCAGAACAUCGCCGACCCCAAGUCGGAGACGGACAUACAGAGGAUCAUGAAGGAACUCAGUUCCAUGCCAGAGAACAGAGAUGGCAUCGCCGUGUCUAUAUCUAUACCGGUCUGCUCGCAGGGACUUGUUGUCCUGUACCAAGCGGACACGAACAGCGUGAUGGCGCGCUACGCGGUGAACCGCAUCUCGUUCUACGCGCGCGGCUCGGGCGGGUCACCCGUAGCGUCGUGCUUCGCGUUCACGUGGUCGCACGGCGAGACCCGCGAGUCCGCCGUGUACAGGUGCCACGUGUUCCGCUGUCACAUUGCGGAGGCCGUCACACAGGUGUCCAGUUGUUUCGCCAAAGCAUUCGAGAGGAUACCGCGCUCCAUGGCGUCCUCCCUCGUAGGGGAUCUGAGCGCAGCGCCCUCUAUGACGGGUUCCCUCACUGAGGGCCUGGGACCAGCUGCACCUCCCAUGCAGCUGAUGCAUGUGCUGGAGUGCACUGUGGAUAUCAAGGAGACUGAUGCCAAGGGUACAUUCAGCCACGUGCCCAAAGAGCGUCUCGGAUACAAGCUGCGCGGUGGCAUCGACAAACAGGUCACAAUUAACGUGAAGCAAGUGACAAAUAAUGUGCAGACCGAUUCUGAUGAUAUGACGGUCUCUUACACAGGAGGCCUUUACAUUGAACGAUGCUUCGGGAUCCUUUUAGCGCCCGGGCGGAGUGUCAAACAUUCCGAUAUGCAGUUACUUGAGAUGGUGAGUGGCUCGUCCGGUGGCUCCGGGUGUGCAGUAUGCGCUCUAUGGAAUGCGGGUGAAUCGGCAUUAGCCGCUUUCAAUGUGGCGAGUGGGGAUGGGGCGCCGGCGUAUAUGUCGCUAGCGUUGGAUCUGGUUAUACGGGGCAUACGGGAUCCGCUGCGGUUAGUUAUUGAAACACCUGUGAAAGUGUACCCGCCGACGGAGAGAUUCUGGUACUACUCAAAGCGGCCAUUAGUGCAACAGUUUUUCAUCAAUUUGAAAGAGUCAGUGGACUCGCUCGGCCAGCUACAAUACGAAGUAGCAAGUGUAGAAACAUCUGGUGAAUUGGACAGAUCUCGUCUCAACCUGCCCCUGUCUCUAUCAAGUCUGCUGCCCUCCCCCCUCUCCGCCGCGCCAGCACCUCCCUCGCCCUCCGAACCGGACUCUGAUGGUGAUGAACCGUUACUCAGCGGUACCGGGGAAGUGUCCAAAGAUUGCGGUGUUGAUGUAUUGGAAAAUUGGGCUCAAGUUUUGAGAAGCUGGGUCGGUCCUCGACCACGUGCGCUCAAUCAGCUAGUGCGUGUGGGCGUGCCUGAAGCGCUUCGUGGUGAAGUGUGGCUGAGGUUGGCUGAUGUGGACCAGAAUGAUAAGCUUAUGGAGACGUAUAGGACGCUUAUUAGCAAGGAUUGUCCGUUCGAAGCGGUGAUCCAACGCGACAUAGCGCGCACGUUCCCCGCGCACGACUUCUUCCGCGAGGCGGGCGGGCUCGGGCAGGACUCGCUGCUGCGCAUGGCGCGCGCCUACGCGGUGUACGACCACGAAGUGGGCUACUGCCAGGGGCUCAGCUUCCUCGCUGCCACGCUGCUGCUGCAUAUGCCAGAAGAACAAGCAUUCUGCCUACUAGUACGUCUCAUGUAUGGCUACGGUUUGCGGGAACUAUACAAGGACGGCUUCGAAGCUUUGUACAUGAGAUUGCAUCAGUUGGAUAGAUUAAUGGAGGAGCAACUAACAGAUCUGCGCGCGCACUUCUGCGAGCUGGGCGUGGAGCCGCACAUGUUCGCGUCGCAGUGGUUCCUCACUGUGUUCACCGCGAGAUUCCCCUUGCCCUUGGUAUACCACAUUCUAGACGUAUUUUUGCUGCAAGGCAUGGACACAUUGUUCCAAGUCUCUUUAGCACUACUCAAUCGAUCGCGCAAAGAUCUCUUGCAACACGACUUUGAAGGCGUUCUCAAGUAUUUUAGGGUAACCCUUCCAAAGAAGUGUCGUGCGGAGGAAUCGUCGCGUCAAAUCGUCAAACUGGCUUGCAGUAUCAAAGUGAAGCGAUUGCAAAAGUAUCAACUGGAAUAUGAGAAGUUUAUAAAAGAAACGGCAGAAAAGGAGAAAAUCAAUGUUGAAUUGGAGAGAUUGAAAGUGAUAAACACUCAGCUACAACAAGAAAAGGAUACGCUUGAAAAACAACUGUCACAGACGCGAGGGAACUUAGAGGAAAUUCAAAAGGAGUCAGUACACUAUGCAGCUGUGGCCAGGGACUAUAGAGAGAUCUGUGCACGAUUGGACAAACAACUACAUAACUUACAGGAUUGCACGAAGAAUUGUGUGAGCUGUAGUUUGAAAUUGGCACAGAAGGACAAUAAAGAAGAAAACGAACAAAAAAACGACGAUAAAGAGGAGAGUUCAAGCGACACGGAGGCUCGGUUGAAGCAACGCGUGCGUGACCUCGAGUUGGAACUUGCGCAAGUGAAGCUCGCGCAUGUGCAAGCGCAGUGCAGUAACCAGGAAUUAAGCCACCAACUGAACGCGGCGCUAAACGAAAUUCAAACAGCUAUGAACCAGAAGCAAACCGUCACACCUUGGCUCGUGAGAACGCUCGGUUCGAUAAUGGAAGCCGCACAGAACCGACCGUCGUUCCAAACGUAUCUACCGAAUUUAAACCAGGAACCGACUCCCUCGUUCCAUAGACAAAGUUCUUUUUCUAAUGUCCAAAGUCACAGUACGCUAGAUAGGCGCGGGUCAGACCCGUACAGUCCAGAUGUGGUCAGAAGGAAGAAGGAUUUAAACACAAAGAGGCAUUCUAUGCUCGUUGAAUCGAAUAUAACUAAAGAGGCGAAGGAACUAAACAGACGGAGCCAUGACUCGUCCAUUGUUAAGAAUCUCUCACUGGGUUGACACUCACGUUAUGUUUAGUUUGCCCGGUUAAUGUGAUUGGUAUGUCUUUGGUCAGAGAAAAUACGUAAUACCAUAUUAGUAAGAUGUCACGAAUGUAGUGUGUUGAAUUAUCGAAUAUCUCAAAUAUAUAACCGUGUACAUGUUCUCUCUCAUCAAAGAUUCUGUGUGGACCAUUUAAUGAUUGUAAUCACUGUGUUCGCUUCGAUUAUAUGAUACAUUUUACAUUCUAUAGCGAAUGAUACAGAGUUGUAUAGAUAUGUGAUUUUUAUGGCGUUAGUGAAUCCGAUGUCUACUCGAUAACAAAGUUGCACUUAAUUUCAGAUUUUUAGUGUGGAAUAAGGCAAGGAUUUUGUCAAAUCUUGCCAAAGAAGUUUCACUUCUGACACGUGUGCUCAGCACACACGCUCUUUUUCAUCAAAUUCAUUCUAAAUAAAUUGAUGUCAACGAAUAUUUUUGUAACUUAUCCUACUGGUUAAGUUUUUUUUACAUUCCAUAAUACUCUUUUUACCUACUGAAAGUGCAACUGAGUUAUUUCUGGUGAUAAUCGAACUACAGUUUAUGGUAAUAUAUUUAAAGAUCAUGUUGUGUCUAUAGUUGUCACAUGUUUAGUGUAAUCUGCACAUAAUUGUAUCACUAGUCAAUAAUAUAUAUGUGUUGCUGUAAUAGCCUUUCGGUAAGUGGAGCUUGCCAUAUUCCUUUCAUUACAGAAUUGUUAAGGGGCCAUCCAUAAAUUAUAUCACAUUUUUCACAUUAUUUUAUAAAGUGUCACUUCUACUCAAAGACGGUCACAGAAAAAGGGAAAG